UUAUUUUUGGGUGGAAUACCAUUCAAUGAAGGAAUGUUUAAAUCUGUCCAUAUUUUAAAUAAUGGAAUAGAUCCUUUAGUAAGAGGUUUAAUGUCAUUACCUGCAAGACUGCCACAAAGACUGACUGUUUCUGUAACUGAAAAGAUUUUUGGAAAUUCUGAUUUGGGGUAAAAGUUAAA